AUGGGAGGUGGCGACCGGUCACUGGUGGGUGGUGGCUGGUGGCAAGGGCGGUCAGGCUCGGGCGGCGUCGGCGUCGGGCUGUCAGGCAAACGGCGCGGGCCGCGGAGGACUAGACUCUGGAGUCUGGUCUGGAGGUCUGGACUGGAGGUCGGAGGAGGAGCUGAGCCCCGAGUUGCCGCCUGCCGAGGAGGAGUCGCCGCUUGCCGCGGGGCGCGGAGGAGGAGUCGAUGUUGGCUGUUGCCGUGA